UUUGCCCAUUAGCAUAAGCUAAAGCAGUCGAUAAAAGCCUUGUUCGAGUUCAGUUAAAUACUUUGCAGCGCCGUUUCCCAUUCAGCAAUCAUGAGGUUUCUGUUCUUUGCACUGCUCUUGAGAGCUGCGUUUGCCACAGAAGAUGACAAAAUUGUUGGAGGGAAUGAGUGCACACCUCAUUCUCAGCCCCAUCAGGUGUCUCUGAACUCUGGCUACCACUUCUGUGGCGGCUCCCUUGUCAACGAAUACUGGGUUGUGUCUGCUGCUCACUGCUACAAAUCCAAAAUGGACAUUGUACUUGGUGAUCACAACCGUUGGUUUAUGGAUGGCAAUGAACAGAUCAUUCCUGCUGCCCAGGUGAUCCCUCAUCCCAACUAUGAGUCCUGGCUGGUUAAUAACGACAUCAUGCUGAUCAAGCUGAGCCAACCAGCUACGAUCAACAAGUAUGUGCAGCCGGUGGCUCUGCCCACUGGCUGUGCCACUGCAGGCACCAUGUGCACGGUCUCUGGAUGGGGUGUAACCAUGGACUCCUCUGCUGACAGUAAUAGACUGCAAUGCUUGAACAUCCCCAUCCUGUCUGAUGAGGACUGUGAUAACUCCUAUCCUGGCAUGAUCACUGAGGCCAUGUUCUGUGCUGGAUACCUGGAAGGAGGGAAGGACUCUUGCCAGGGUGACUCUGGUGGCCCUGUUGUGUGUGACGGAAAGCUGCAAGGUGUUGUGUCAUGGGGUUUCGGGUGUGCAGAGAAAAACCACCCUGGUGUCUAUGCUAAGACCUGCAUUUUCACAGACUGGCUGCAGAGCACCAUGGCCACUUACUGAGUCCAGGCUAAUUUUUAUGUAUUACAGGACUUUUCUAUACUGCAUCAUCUUGUGUAAACGAAACUGCCAGUUGGAAUGGAAAUAAAACUAAAUAAUACCCAUA